AUGGCAGCUACAGCUCCCGCUUGGGAAGACGAUUAUUCCCCUGCCUCAUCUAAGCCGAGCAUUGUCGAUCAAGGACAACGAACCGCGACAGCGGCGGAACUUGACCCGACAAACGAAGAGAACGAUCUUGAUCUAUCCAAGCCGACCCUUGCAGCCGCAGUCAUUCGAGACGCAGAGCACCGAUGUUUGCAGCAGCGGGAAAGAACCAGCCAAGCAAUGGAAAGAGCGUUGGCCGAAGUGGUGAAAGCCGAGCGUGCGGCGAAAGCCGAGACAGUGAGGCACCAGCUCCGCGACCUUCAAGACAACGAAAAUGAUGGUCAGGAUCAUCGAGGGAAGGAUUGGACGCCGCAUACGCGAGUUGGGCAUCGGAACUCAUGGGCCCGUCAGGCGAAGGUCGGGCGGGCCACGGGACCAAUCAGGUCCCCCGCAUGGGCGAAAGACUUUCACGAGAUGAAGCGCCGCGCAUCAUGGGCUUCCGCGCUAGAGAUCACGAUGGAAUACGAGGUACCCCCAAUCCUUCCCGAGGUGCCCCUCGAGCCCCCGCCGGUUCCUGUGAGAAGGGGCACGAUAGUAUCUGCUGUGUUGGCCGCGGUGGCCGAAUCUCCGUCUUCACCCCCUUCGACAAGCUCCGAACGAAAAGGCAAAACGGGGAAUUCGGGGCCGGUUCUCGACGACGACUGGGUGGUGCGAAAGUUUGCCCAGAUACGAAGGCGCUCUAGGAGCAUCGAUUCCGCCAUUGGGGAUAUUUCGGGGUCGCACAAGCAAGCGCAACCCUCAGCGCCGGUUGUCGACGCCAGGAAAAUAAGUCCGAACACCCAUCCGAUGCGGAUCGGGGGUAUGGUGACACUUGAACCCCUCCUUCAGCGAGACACGACGGACGCUGAUGAUGCCGGAAGCCUGUCCACCGACCGCGGCGUUUUACCGCAUCUUACGCAGGGUGGGGAGACACUGUGCCCGCUACCUAUGACCUCAAAAGAAUAUCAAGGCCGGCACCAUGAUGCCAUCCAUCAAACCACGGUCGACGACAUUGUUGCUGCUCAAGCGGAUCCCCAAGGCAGUCUUCUCCCGCCGACAAACCAAGAUGAAACAAAUGAAGACGCACCGCUCGAACCACCCGGAACUCCCUUCGUAGGAGCAGAGAAUUUCCAAGCGUGGCCUCACGUUCUGCCAUCACCUCGAGAAGGGCAACACGGGACCAGCGCCCAAGCAGCGAUCUGCGAAGAAGAUCGCCCUCCUGUCGCCCAGCGAGCGACGCACGAAGAGCGACUGCAACAAGAAGGGAAACUUUUCGACGUUUCACCCGAAGAGAGGGCGCUGUCCCUCCCAAGCAGCAGCCUCGUCGCUGAUGAUGGGAGCGGCGAGCUCAACCCUCUCGGCCGCAGUGCCCUGUGGGACGCGCGCGGGCCUGUGUCGGCAGGAGGCGGUCGAGGCACGGGUCUACGCGGACGAUGUGGCCAGGGUGGUGCCGUGGGCGCUAAAGGGGGGACGAUGUGGUCCAGAUGGAGGAAGCAAAAGGAGGAGGAGGAAGCAGCAGCCAGAGAGGAGGCCAAGAACGCGAAGGAAAGACGGGCGAAAAUGGUCCUAGAGGUUCUUGCCCGUAGCGAGCACAUCUUCCGGUGCAACGCGGAAAGAAGAAGAAGAAGAUCGUUGGGAAACGGCAUAGGAAAACGGGCGCUGGAGAACGUGGCUACCAAAGAUGGCGAAGAAGGGCGGGCAGCGACAGCACCGACAAGUGAGGAACGGGCUUACACGAGCCCCGACUAUGGCGGCCGGCAGCCAGCCAAGGUUAUGGCUGCCUCCGCCGUUGCCGCUGGCAACGACAAAAUCAACAGCCGCGAGAACGAUGCCACCACUAGUACCCAGGGGGACAACAGCAGCAAGCCCAACCUGAAAAACCAAUCGGCAAAUAUCCGAGGGGGAAAUUCGUCAUCGUCAUCCCCGGAGUCCGAUCACUACACCGACAAAUACGAAAGUGCGGCUGGACACGGUCCCUCUGCCGGAGGAGCAAGGCCGGUGGAAAAAGAGGCAGCGAAAAUAGAGCAAAGGGAAAGCGGGAGAUUCAUGGCGGCCAAGCGCGUAGCAGCCAGGAAACGACUAGAGAGGGCAGAGGAGGAAGCACGGAAACAGGCCGUGUUAAAGGAGGAGGCGUCAAAGCUCGAAGCAAGACGGGCUUUCGAGGAAAGCCUUCGAACAAACUUCCCGAAAUGGUCGUAUUCCUCGAUGAAAAAAGGUGGCGGGGUCGCGAAAAGCGACGGAACCUCCAGGAGAAGGAGGGCGUCGGCUCCGGCUUCCAAUGGCAUCUCCUCUACCCGGCCCUCCAGUCUGUCCUUGGGCUCAAUCGACGAAUCAGCAACCCCUCUUGGGGUGUCCGCUCCUCCUGCAGCAGGCACCAGCGGCAGCAACAGGGACGUUUUGGUGCGGGUGCGGGUGCCGGUAGCCGCUAAGGAGGACACGACAGCAACGACGGGAUCAACAACGCUAGCACCGAGCGGGGGCGGUACCCCGCUGCCCGACACACAGGUACCUGAUGACGACGGCAACGACCUCUUCAACGGGAUGGUUCCUGAGCCAUUGCCACAAACUUCGUCGGGGAAUACUGUCAAGGGCGUCAACGCCUCCGGCGCCGCCGCCGCCGCCGCCGAAAAAGCUAGGGAACGACAACGGGACCGGCGUCGAAGGCAUCGGCGAAAGGAGAGGGAAGAAGAAGCAAAGUCGUCGAGCCUGCUGGAGGAGCUUGAAAGAGAGGCCCAUGGCUCCAUCGUGGCUUUCAAGGGGUGGAAACAUCGUGACGUGUUCGACCGGCGACGGUCGACCUUUCAGCAGGAGAUGGACAAAGCUGAUGGCGUGGCGAGAGAGGGCGCGGGGUUGAGCACGUCUGCGUCGUCCUUGGCGAAGCGCCGUCUCAAGACCACGGCAGCACCGAUGACAGCGAGAACAGCAACAGCGUCCGUAACAAUCGCGGGCGGCAGAGGUGUCGCCCGUGCAAGUGCUAAUGGUGCACUGCCUUCGGCGACGCAUCAACAGGGAUUGCCGAGCUCGUCUGUCCGUCGUCAACACAACCGCCACGGGCAGCAGCAGCAGCAACAGCAACAUCAGGGUGAAGAGGACGCUGUGCGUAUUGCCGACGUCGAUUUCCCCGGGGCCGACCAAGACCCGUUCGUGGCCGAGGCAGGCGGUCAAGCGGGACAACCGAAACGCUCGGUGGAACGUUCCGAAGACCGAGCAGGUAGAAGACCGCAUCUAGGACUCCGGGAGAGACAAAGACGACGCCGGAAAAGGCAAAGGUCGCGUAAGCAGCCGCGGCAGCGGCAGCAUCACCUUCGACGCUGGGACUCCCUUAGCAGCCAACAGGGCAACAGCAGCAACGAAGACACCGGCGACGGCGUGGGGGCGAGAACCAGCCCAAUGGAUGAUUCGGACGUUCAGGACCCGCAAGAGUCUGUCGAGAAAACGAGCCACGUCGACGCAUUCCACGUAAACGACACGAGAAAUCGACUGAUGGUCCCGAUCGACGUGAUCGAUGAGACUGCGCAGAUAGUAUUAUCGGAAUCCGAGCGAGAAGGGCCGGCCGGGAGGCCGGCGACGCAGAAGGUUACGUCUGAACCCCUCGCCAGGAAUCCCGCCAGAAGAGAACCCGGAACGUCCCAGAAAAGAAGCACCGCUCGAAGGAGAUAUAACAGCGUUGGACGAAGAACGGAAGAGUACGGAACAAUCCCAUGGCGGGAGGGGGGGGUCGAAACAGUACAAGCAUCAGGGGGAGGUCGAGAAGGAGGAGCGGGGAUCAUAGGUAACGGGUCCGAGUCACGGGCUUCCGCUGCGUUGGAGAGCCGAUUUAGGCGAAGCAGGAGGAGGAAGAGUCAAGAAAACAUGGGCGUUCAGCUGCGCGCGGUCGAAGAGAACGACUACGAGAAGGGAAUUGACGGCGGCACGGAGGCCGUCGCAGCGUCCGACGCUACACCGACCGCCGCAAACAUUUUCGAGGAGCUAGCGUUGAUAAGAAGAGACGAGGGUGCCCCUCAAGCGCAAGGUCACCUGGACAGCUUAGUCGAUUGCAGCGGAGAUGGUGAUGACGACGAGGACGCUGAUAUGCGCGCGAAAGACCUACAUGCCAGCAUGCAUCGCACGCUAGAGGGGGGGCUGGGGGCGUUGGGGGUCCAGACGAGGGGACAAGAAAGCAAUGCCUCGUGUGACGACCACACGCCAGAGCACAAAGCUAGAGACGCUGAUAGCUCUACGACGGUGUUCUGCGACGUUUUGCACAGCGUAGAAGAGUUGGAAUAG